GCGUGCACGCGCGGGUGAUGCGCUAGCUAUGAUCUCGCAGAAGCUAUCGUACGGCGACGUGCCGACGUCCGCGUCGCUGUCCACGCUGUCACCGGGCCUCGCGCCACCUUACGUGAACGGUAUGGGCUGCAUGCCAGCGCAGCCGUACCCGAAUCUCUACUCCAACAAUAUGGUCGCCAGCGGCUCCUGCAUGGGUUCCCCAGGCGUGGGAUACUCGCCGCCGAGCACCAUGGCGUCCUGCAUGGGCGGCGGCGGGGCCGUGCCGUACGGCGCUCUACCAAGAGAACAAGAAGCCGCUUCACCAACUUCGGCUUUGCAGCGGGCUCGUAACGACAAGACCUACCGCCGCUCAUAUACGCACGCAAAACCGCCUUACUCCUACAUAUCGCUUAUCACGAUGGCCAUCCAGAACAACCCAUCCCGCAUGCUAACUUUGUCGGAAAUCUACCAAUUCAUCAUGGAUUUGUUCCCUUUCUACCGCCAGAACCAGCAGCGCUGGCAAAAUUCUAUC